AUGACAGCAGCAGUACUCUAUCGGCCGUGGAAUAUUUUUGAACGCCUUUUCCUUUACGGAUUGUUUGGCUUUGCUGCAGAGGUAUGCUUUACGGCAACUUGGGAAGCUGUUGAGCAUGGAAAUCGCAAGCUCAUAGGCGUCACAUCCAUGUAUAUAUUCUUUGUGUAUGGCUUGUCAAUUUUGCUGUUGGAGAAACUUUACUUGUUUCUCAAGGAUAUCAUUCCACUUCCUCUGCGUGCGGCAAUCUACGUUCUUGUGUGCUACUGCUGGGAGUUCAGCACUGGUCUAUUUCUGAAGCGCUGGGAUGCCUGCCCAUGGGAUUACGAAAGCUAUUUCCACUAUCAUUUCAUGGGACUUAUAACUUUCGAAUAUAUUCCUGUGUGGUAUGUGGCGUCGAUAGUUUGCGAACGAUUCCUGAUUCGUUAUGCUCUUCAGUCAGCUUGGCUUGUUACCCACAUAGCUGAUGCUGAGCCAAUUACAAAGGAUCAGUAG